AUGCUGUUCGCCAAAGAGAGAGAGAGGAGGUGCAUGAUGGAUCCCGUCCCACUUCUGCUCAUCUUUGUCACAUCUUUGCCAUUUUGCUCGGCGGUCUACACCGGGCCCCUCCAGCCGGAGAUCUCCAACGGCACUUUCCAUCACUUCUUCGUCCCGGACGGGGACUACGAGGAGACUGAAGACCCGGAGGAGUGCCAGAUGCUGUUUAAAUUCUCGGAUGUGUAUCCAUGUGGGGCCUCAGAGGAGAGGGACUCCGUGGUGCGGGACGACUUCAUCAUCACCAAGCUGCAGGCGGAGGACGCGGCGCGGCUGCUGGAGGGCAUCGGCCGGACUGUGGCGCACGACCUGGACGGAGAGGACAGCUACGGCAAGUUCCUCCAGCGGGAGAUCUCCCAGAUCGGCGAGGCUUUCUCCAGCGUGGACAAGUCCCUGCUGGAGCUGGAGGUGAAGUUCAAACAGAGUCAGGAAAGUGAGCUGAGAGAGGAGCAACAGCUGAACGGCUACGUGAUGAAGCAAGUGAGCGACAUCAGGGACGCUCUGAGGGGAACCACGGACAUCUCUGCGGGACUCAGAGACAAACAGGAGCUGCUGUCCCUCAUCAUCCGCAGCCAUGGCACCAGACUGAGCCGCCUGAAGACUGAGUAUCUGAAUGUCGGCUCAUAGUGGGGUUUUGCAGCUUAGAAAGUGUGUGUGUGUGUGUGUGUGUGUGUGUGUGUGUGUGUGUGAGUGUGAGUGAGAGAGAGGACCCUCCAGUUGAGCAAACAAGUGGAAAGUUCAAUGUGGCUUAUGAAUAUCUUUCCCAAUUAUGUCGAAUAUCUCCGGCCUUUGGUUAUCCCCGCUCCGUGGUCAUGUGUCAUUAAAGGGAGCUGGAACAAAAACAUGUACACAUUCCUCUGAGUCAGGAGGGGGAAAAGGAAAUGUGGACAUAAAUUAUGUCUGCACGGAGCCCUCUGUGCCACCUCUGAGGAAGAGUUUCAUCCAGAGGAGACUGAGGACGGAAGCAGAUUUAUCGGCCUCUUAAUCAAUAACAUCUGCAUUUUCUUCUGUAUGGUUUAACUUAUCUUGUUUGUGCAAUUUUAGGUUAUUACAGAUCAAUAAAUGCUUAAUAU